AUGGUGGAAGUACGAGAAAGCUCGUGUUGGGGGUACUUGGGAGGCGUUUAUAAAUGCUUUUCAGGAGAGGUUUUAGCAGAGGCAAUGGGGACAUUCAUUAUGAUGUUUUGUAUAUGUGCAAUCAUAGCAAUCACUCAGCUUAUGGGUGGCCAAGUUGGCCUCUUGGAAUAUGCAGCCACGGCAGCUCUCACAGUGGUGGUGGUGAUUUUCUCCAUUGGAGCCAUCUCUGGAGCUCAUGUCAACCCUUCUAUCACUUUUGCCUUUGCUACUUUAGGUCAAUUUCCAUGGUCCCAGGUUUUAGCAGAGGCAAUGGGGACAUUCAUUAUGAUGUUUUGUAUAUGUGCAAUCAUAGCAAUCACUCAGCUUAUGGGUGGCCAAGUUGGCCUCUUGGAAUAUGCAGCCACGGCAGCUCUCACAGUGGUGGUGGUGAUUUUCUCCAUUGGAGCCAUCUCUGGAGCUCAUGUCAACCCUUCUAUCACUUUUGCCUUUGCUACUUUAGGUCAAUUUCCAAGGUCUCAGGUGUUGGUUUUAGCAGAGGCAAUGGGGACAUUCAUUCUGAUGUUUUGUAUAUGUGCAAUCAUAGCAAUCACUCAGCUUAUGGGUGGCCAAGUUGGCCUCUUGGAAUAUGCAGCCACGUCAGCUCUCACAGUGGUGGUGGUGAUUUUCUCCAUUGGAGCCAUCUCUGGAGCUCAUGUCAACCCUUCUAUCACUUUUGCCUUUGCUACUUUAGGUCAAUUUCCAUGGUCCCAGGUUCCACUAUACAUAAUAGCACAAAUCAUGGGGUCAACAUUGGCAACAUAUGUGGGAAGUUUAGUAUAUGGAAUAAAAUCAGAACUGAUGAUUACAAGACCAUUGCAAGGAUCUACUACUGCCUUUUGGGUGGAGCUCAUUGCUACUUUCAUCAUCAUGUUCCUUGCUUCUUCUUUGGAAUAUCAAUCUAAAUAUGUAGGCCAUUUGUCAGGAUUCAUUGUUGGGACGGCGAUUGGACUUGCAGUUCUAAUCUCAGGGCCUAUUUCAGGAGGGUCAAUGAACCCGGCAAGGUCAUUAGGGCCUGCAAUUGUUUCAUGGAAAUUUGGCGAUGUGUGGAUUUACCUCAUUGCCCCUACUGUUGGAGCUGUUGGGGGUGCAUUGCUGUUUCGUGCUUUACGACUUCAACAUCAUCCUUGUGGCCCUGAUUCCUCUCCUAAUACCACUCGGCUAAGGCAACCGUUACAUUAGCUUUUGUUUAAGGAUUGUUGCUUACAAUGUUAUAAACAUUUGUAGUGGCUAUAAUAUGUGUUUCAAUUUCAUACCAUGCUCUGAAUUCAAUAUGAAAACUAAUAAUAGUAUUAUA